AUGUCGCAUCGAAAAACUCCAGGCUCGCCGGCCUACGAGAAGAACGAUUCACCAGUUCAUGGAGCAUCAGAUGAGGUUCUCUUCGACAGAGGCAACUUCAUCUCAGGGCUUAAUGGGCCGGCAUCAGAGCCUGCUCCUCCACCAACAGCCUCGAGUAUAAUUGCCCGUGGAAUUGGUGGCAUAAAGGACAUGGAACAGCUUCGACCAGUGCAUCCAUCCUCUUGGUUGUAUCCGCCCCGAGGCAUGGCGCAAGGCCUCUACCGCGAUGUUGUACAUCAACGCUCUAAAUGCCUGCUUUUAUAUUACGCAGCGGCGUUGAUGCAGUGGACAUUAAUGCUACUACAGCUUUGUAUCUCUGCUACACUCACGGCGCUCGGUUCUGUUGCUGUCAAAGAUGGUACGCCAAUUACGGUUCUUGGUGCUGUGAAUACUGUCAGUGCUAGCAUUCUGGCCUUUUUCCACAACAGUGGUAUCCCCGAUCGGUAUCGCAAGGACAUGGACGAGCUCAGGCAAGUGGAGGACCACAUCAAAGAGCUUCUCGAUUCUGGCAUUGCACCACUUUCGCUCUCCCCGGAGCAAAUUAUUGCCGAAUGUUUCGAUUUGUGUCAAGACGCUAAAGCUACUAUGGAAGCCAAUCUGCCUGAUAAUUAUCGCAACCGCCAGACUACGCCAGUGCGACGACAACCUGCGACGCCCAUCGAGUCAGGCAAUGCAGCUCCUGCGGACUCUACACAAGAUACUUCAUCUGCUAUUAGAGGCGACCGUUCGAAAUGA